AUGGAACUUAACAUCACGACUUGUGAAAAUUUUGUGAGACUCAAGAUCAUAAAGUUUGAAAGCUUUUUGGCCGAGGGGAUAACCAAGGAAAACAGAUGGAAUUGCCCGAGGAGCGAAUUUAUGUGUGACAUGAACAUUAGUGGCAUAUGCAAGGCAACCAAAAACACGGAGAUGAGAGAAAGAUGGUGUUUUGGAAUAAAGACGUUCAAAAGGAGUGUGAAAAGAAAGAAGAGGAGUAGGAAAACGGUUGAUGAGAUGAACUGCAGUUAA